UUUCCGCUUAAAAACCAAACAGAGCGUCACUUUCCUUCACAUUUUACCUUCAUUUUCUCUCCAACCAAACAUGCCCUCUCUACUCUCACUCUCCCUCAUCCUCCUCCUCCAUUUCUCCGUCGCUCCGACCGUCUCUUCCUCCUCGGAGCGCGACAUUCUCCUCGACAUCAAAGCCUCGCUCGACCCGGAAACCCGGUUCCUCUUCUCAUGGGCACCGGGCGGCGACCCUUGCGCCGCCGGGUCCUUCGACGGCGUCGCCUGCGACGAACACGGCCGUGUCGCCAACAUUUCCCUCCAAGGGAUGGGUCUUUCCGGGAAUAUUCCGGCGGCCGUCGGUCGUCUCACCGGCUUGACGGGUCUGUACCUUCACUUCAAUUCCCUGCACGGUGAGAUUCCCAAGGAGAUUUCUCACUUGCCUCUGCUCAGCGACUUGUACCUCAACGUGAAUGACCUCUCCGGCGAAAUCCCUCCCGAAAUCGGCAACUUGGGGAAUCUUCAAGUUCUCCAGAUAUGUUACAACAAGCUAAGUGGGAGUAUACCGACGCAGCUGGGAUCUCUGAAAAAGAUAAGCGUUCUCGCUUUACAGUCAAACCAACUCUCCGGCGCGAUUCCGGCGAGUUUAGGAGGCCUUGACUCGUUAACGAGGCUUGAUUUGAGCUUCAACCAUCUCUUUGGACCGGUUCCAGUCAAACUGGCUGAAGCUCCUCUGUUAGAAGUUCUGGACAUUCGGAACAAUUCCUUCUCCGGCAAUGUACCCACUGGUUUAAAGAGGCUUGAGAAUGGUUUCCAGUUUGCGAACAAUCCUGCUUUAUGUGGAGUUGGGUUUCUGGGUUUGAAGGCUUGUGCUGUUUCUGAUGGCAUGAAUCUGAACCGGCCAGACCCGUCUAACCCGAAAAGCUUUUCCACCGACAUUAAGCCAGAAUCUGCAGAUUUGCAGCGUAGGAAUUGCAGCAACAGUGGUCGAUGUUCGAAGAGCUCAAAGUCUUUCGGUGUCAUUGUCGGUCUGAUCAUUACAGUCAUUGCAGUUGCGGCCUUUGGCGGUUUCACCUUCGCAUGGCACAGACGCCGGAAACAGAAGAUUGGAAGCAACCUCGAUCCCGUGGACGGAAGGCUUAGCACUGAAUAUCAGUUUAAGGAAGUUUCUAGAAAAAAGGGCGCUUCUCCGCUCAUCAGCUUGGAGUAUGCGAGCGGGUGGGACCCGUUGGCUCGAGGACAGAACAGUAACAGUGCCUUGUCUCAAGAAGUCUUUGAAAGCUUCAUGUUCAACCUGGAAGACGUUGAGCGUGCCACUCAGAGCUUCUCGGAGGUUAACAUGUUGGGAAAGAGCAAUUUCUCAUCAGUUUACCGGGGAAUUCUCCGAGAUGGGUCUGUGGCUGCGAUAAAAUGUAUCGCGAAAUCAAGCUGUAAGUCAGAUGAAUCUGAGUUUCUCAAGGGAUUGAAGAUUCUGACAUUGUUGAAGCAUGAGAAUUUGGUCAGGCUGAGAGGAUUCUGCUGCUCAAAAAGCCGAGGAGAGUGUUUCCUUAUCUACGAUUUUGUCCCCAAUGGAAACCUCUUGCAGUAUCUCGACGUGAAGGAGGAGGAAGGGGGAGAGGUUCUUGAAUGGUCCACACGAGUUUCCAUCAUCAAUGGCAUCGCGAGAGGUAUUCAUUACUUGCAUGGACAAAACGGGAACAAGCCUGCAAUAGUUCACCAGAACAUAUCUGCAGAGAAGAUCCUCAUUGACCAUUGGUAUAAUCCUUCCCUCGGGGACUCGGGUCUUCACAAGCUUUUCACCGACGAUAUAGUUUUCUCGAAGCUCAAAGCAAGUGCAGAUGGGUACUUGGCUCCAGAGUACAUAACUACUGGCCGGUUCACUGAGAAGAGCGAUGUCUAUGCCUUCGGUAUGAUCGUUUUACAGAUACUCAGUGGGAAAAGUAAAGUGGGUCAUUUGCCAAUCCAAGUCAUAGAAUCAGGAGGACUGGAAAGUUUCAUGGAUUCUAACCUUAAAGGGAACUUUCUCGAAGCAGAAGCUGCUCAGCUCGCAAGACUCGGGCUUCUCUGCACUCAUGAAUCCUCAAGCCACAGACCAUCCAUGGAAGAAGUCAUGCAGGAACUGAAUAAACUUGCAGAGAGUUAUUAGGGUUUCGUUCAAACAAGAUUCUUGCCUCGGUUUUUCUACCGAUAGGAGGCAGAACAGAAUUUGGGUAUUACUGAUUGCUCGAUGUUAACUCUGUCUAAGUUUGAUGUAGGGAAUCCGAGAGAUCGGGUUGUGAUGUAUCUCUUCUGUGUUGUGAAACUGUAAUUGAUGUGUUUAGACUGUAAAAAUGGAGCAGAUUCCUCAGCCUAGGUGACCUUGUGGAAAGCAUCAUUUCUGAAAAUUGACAA